GUAAUGUGUAAUGUAAUAAGCAGUAUACGCCGAAUGCUCCCGGUUGUAGCAGAGGAAACAAACACAUUUUAGCUUUGGUUAAUUUCGCUCUAUGCGAGCAGUCGAACCAGUUCCCUACCACCAGGGGCUGUCCCGAAUUUCAACGAAGAUCCGCAACCAUGAAACAGACCGAAAGCCCGAUAUUGUGCCACCUGCCGGCUUUUGCAGGUGGUCAGCAACACUCUCCCGAAAUAUCGUCCGAGAGGAUCCCAAUCGACAUCCACCGAGUGAAGCAGUCUGAUAUCCCAGCAGCAACACUCCUGAAUGCUGCGUGGUGCUUGGUACUGCAUCUAUACACCGGCCAGAAUGGCAUUUCCUUUGGCUCAGUCAACGAACGUGGCCAGACUGUUAUGAAAACAUACAUCCUUGACCGACAGGAUACUUUAUCGGAUAUUAUUGCUCAAUCGGACGUCUCUUCGGUCUACGACAGAGAAAAUGGCGGCAUCCAUUCACUCUACAACACUGUGGUGCGGCUGACCUUGGCACUUUCCAACGGGGACGAACACCCGAAGACCAGUGGAUUCCAGACCGUAGGCACCGGUAUAUCAAACGAAACCCAGCUGGCCGUGCAAGGCUUGGUCAACGGGAAUCACUUGUCCGAGUGCCUCGUCUUGUUCCGCCUGUCUUUUAUGUCCCAGGCCGAGGCUCAAAACCUGGCUGCCACCCUGAGCCAUCUCAUGGAUGAGCUUACCAGGUCCGACAACAAGCUCAUACGUGACGUGCUUCUAAGCAAGAGAGACCAGGAUCAAAUAAAAAAAUGGAACGACAUGCGACUUUCUCGGUCGGAAUGCCUGCUACAUGAAGCAUUUACCCAAGUGGCCAGGCAAAGGCCCGAAGCCAAGGCGAUAGAUGCAUGGGACGGGCACCUGAGUUUCAAGGGCUUGGAGGAUGCAUCCAACUACCUCGGAAAGCAGCUGAUUCAGGAAGGCGUCUCUCCUAGAUCUUUUGUACUCCUGAGCUUUGGAAAGUCGCUGUGGGCUAUUGUGUCGUGGCUAGCAGUCUUGAAAGCCGGAGCUGCAUGCGUCUUACUCGACUAUAGACUGCCGGCUGAAAGAAUAAAACAAAUAAUCGAAAAAACAGGCGCGAAUCAUGCGCUCGCCGACUCAGCAACAGCAGCCAUACUAGGUGAUCUCGGCGUGAACGUUGUGCAAGUUCCCAUUCAGGCUGCUGUCUCCAAUGGCUUUCAUGACAAUGGCGGGCAGAAUUGGCCGAAGACCCAUCCCGACGAUGCUGCAUGCGUCGUCUUCACGUCGGGCAGCACCGGCACUCCCAAAGGCGUUGUCCUGACCCAUUCCAGCAUCUACACGACAGCAGAAGACUUGAAGUUUUUGGAGAUCAAAAGUAACUCGCGCGUCCUCCAUUUCUGUUCCUACGCCUUCGAUAUGAGUAUCACCGAAAUGGUCCUAAGUCUCCUCGCAGGGGCUUGCCUCUGCAUCCCCUCCGAGUCUGAUAGGGUUGAUCGCCUCCAAGACUACAUGCAAGAGGCACACGUAACCUUUGCAAUCUUUACGCCUACUAUGGCACGCUUACUGGAUCCGACUACGCUGCCUGAUAUGAAAACUGUCUUGUUAGGCGGCGAGUUAGUGAGGGAGCCAGACACCCGGCCCUGGAUCGAUGCGGGUGUCCAAGUAUACGACGGCUACGGCCCAGCAGAAGCGACGUUUGUUGCGACUGUAACCCGAAGGCUUCUCGUUGGUCAUGCGAGAUCUAUUGGUCGUGGCCUUAACACAAGGACUUGGAUUGUUGAUACCAGCAGAGGCCAGCUCGUACCAGUGGGCGCUGUCGGCGAACUUGUCAUUGAAAGCCCAACACUAGCCCUUGGUUAUCUCAAUGACCCAGAUAAGACAGCUGAGAGCUUCAUCGUCAACCCAAGCUGGGCACAACUUGACAUUCCCGACGCGACGCUCCACAGGAGGUUUUACAAGACCGGCGACUUGGCUAGAUACCUAUCUGACGGUUCCUUGGAGUGCGUUGGGCGAUUAGAUGCCCAAGUCAAGCUUGGAGGUCAACGUGUUGAACUUUUGGAUAUUGAGCAUCAUUUACGAAGAAACACUUCAAUACUAGACUCGGCGGUUGUUUUACCCAAGUGUGGACCUUUGGCCGGACGUCUUACAGCAGUUGUUGUCACAGGCUACAAUUCAACUGUCACCAACGGCGAUGGAGAUACUUUUCACCCUUGCGACGAUGUAUUUGUUUCCGAGGCUAAGGCACAACUACUUCAAGCCGUGGCAUCUUAUAUGGUGCCCUCUUUGUGGCUGCAGAUCCAUUCAUUACCUCUUCUUCGUAACGGAAAGCUCGACCGGACCACUCUUUUGAGGAAGAUAGAGACACUUGGAUCUGAAAGCUCUACUUUUCUCUUCGGUAAAGAUGCUGUUCCUGAGGUCGGCGAAGCGAACGAAGUUAGCGAGAUGCUGCGGAGGAUCUGCAGUGACGUACUCAAUAUUCCUCUCAAUAGAGUGAAUGUCGGCAAGUCUUUUGUCGCUCUUGGGGGUGACUCAAUCACGGCGAUGAAAGUUGUGUCCACCCUCAGGCUUGACGGCAAGUUAUUGCGUAUCAAGGACCUCCUGUCCUCUUCAUCGUUGAGGGAAGCUGCGUCGAGAGUUGGAGAUCUUGAUGUUCGUCAGUCUCUUCCAACAAGCCGUGCCGGCGAGCGGUUUCCUACAUCCCCCAUUCAGCAGCUGUUUCUCGAAACCUCCGGAACAGAUAGCGCUAAAAACCACUUUCAUCAAAGUGUUACGCUGAAAUUGGGGGCACAAAAGGAUCCGCGAGUGGUCGACAAAGCGAUCGCUGACAUUGUGGCAAGGCACCCCAUGCUUAGAGCCAGAUUCGAGCAAGAGGCACACGGCCGAUGGGUGCAAUACAUCACCGAGGAUAUCGAUGCAUCGUAUGGAUUCGAGUAUCACAUGGAUACAAACCCUGAUCUCCGGACGGAGUUGAUGCGCAAGUCCAGAUUAUCUUUGUCAAUCGAAUAUGGACCCAUGGUCCGUGCCAGGAUGUACGAGAACGGCGGGACCCAAUACUUGUUUCUCGUCAUCCACCAUCUUGUGGUAGACCUUGUGUCUUGGAGAAUCAUAUUAGAAGAGCUCGAAACAGCGCUGACAGAGUCUCAACCGACGUUCGUUACCUCGUUCCCGUUUCUUGCCUGGGUCAACCAGCAAAGAGACUUCGCCCACACCAUACCUAGGGAUCGUUUGCUUCCGCAGCCCGUUCCCGCAUCCAACUUUGCCUUCUGGGGCAUUGAGAAGAAAAAGAACAUCUACGCUGAUGUAUGCGAGAAGAGUUUCUCUGUCAGCUCGGAUAUCACCAACGACGUCUUGUACAAUUGUCAUCACGCUCUUCAGACAGAACCAAUCGACAUCCUUAUAGCGGCUCUGUUUCUUUCGUUUGGCAUCGCGUUCCCUGAAACUCAACUACCGGCGAUUUUUACCGAGGCCCACGGCAGGGAGCCUUGGAAUGAUGCGAUUGACCUUUCGCGGACAGUCGGCUGGUUCACUACAAUGUACCCCAUCUGCGUGGCCGACGUUAAAGACAUACUAGAUCUCGUCAUGAAGGUUAAAGACGUUAGAAAGCGGACUCCCAACAAUGGGUUUGAAUAUUUCAGCACUUCCAUCCUAACAGGUGAGGGCCGUCAGGCUUUUGAAGAGCAAUUCCCGGCCGAAAUCGUCUUCAACUACGAGGGUCGAUACCAACUAUUGGAAAAGGAAGGUUCUUUACUUCAGCGAGAAGCUUGGGCGGCCGGAGAGACAUUAGACGACAUGAAUCCGUCGCUUCAACGGUUCUGUCUCUUCGAGAUUGCUGCAAGCAUCCUUGAUGAUUGCUUGCAAUUCACUUUUGCGUGGAACUCCAAGCUGCGGCACCAAAGCAGGAUUGAGCUCUGGUUAGCCGGCAUCCCCCGAGCUAUCGAACAGAUCACUACCACCUUAAGUUCCUCAUCACGACGAUUGACUUUGAGCGACCUUGAUCAGUUUGAAAUUUCUUACUCUGAGCUUGAAACCAUGACGGACACGAUAAGACGGAUUCCGGGCAUCCGUAGCUUGGAAGAUGUCGAGAGGGUGUGUCCUUGCACUCCCAUGCAGGAGUCUCUCGCUAUAAGUCAGGCUCGAGACGAAAACUUCUACGAAGUCGAUAUUUUAUGGCAGGUUACCUCCACUAAUGGCGCCAAAGUUGAUCCGAGCCGUCUUGAAGAAGCGUGGCGCAGCAUCGUCUCUCAUCAUACCGCACUCAGGGCUGUUUUCAUCGAGACCCCGGCAACUAUUGGCAUACUCGAUCAGGUUAUUCUCAAGAACCACGAUCCGCAGUGUGAGCGGAUCCACGCGAGGGAUGCCAAAGAAGCACUCGAGGUCCUGGCCAACUACCCAGACAAGCCAAAGGGUCUGGGGCGUACAGAGCCUCCCCAUAGGUUACUGAUCUGCUCCACCGAGGACGAUUGCGUAUUCAUGAGAUUUGAGAUCAAUCAUAUCGUCUGUGACGGCCUGUCUUUCAUUAAUAUAUUACACGACCUGUCGUUGGCUUAUGAAGGAAGGCUGGCUACUAAGUGGAAUUCGCCGUACGCAGAUUUUAUCCGCUACAUCCGUGACCCAAAGCUCAGAGAUGAGAGCACAUCCUACUGGAAGCAGUACCUUACGGGAACUGAGCCUUGCAUUUUCCCUCCUCUUCUUGACAUCACCAACGAAGAACAUGAGCGAAAGACAGCCCUGGUUUCACUUGACAUCACCCACAAACAGCUUCAAGACAAGGUUGCCGAGCUGGGGGUUACAUUUCCUGUCGUCAUGCAGCUGGUCUGGCUUAUUGUACUUCGUUUUUACACCAACAGCAAUCAAACCGUCACCGGCUAUCUAGGCACGGGGCGGGGCGUGCCCGUUGCUGGCAUUGAGGGGGAAGUUGGUCCAUUCAUUUCCAUGCUCCUUUGCGUUAUCGAUUUUACGCAGCCUAGGGCUAUGACAGAAUUGUUGAGGAAGUUGCAGGAAGACUCGAUUAAUGGUGCAGCGCAUCCGGCAAGCUCGUUGGCCGAAAUCCAAAAGGCCAUUGGUAUUACAGGCGGUGCCUUGUUCAACGCGGGCAUCUCUUUCAUGCCUCUAGUAGACGAACGAGUCCAGCAAGGGGCAUGCCUGUUUUUUGAAGAGAAGUCGAUAAAGGAUCCAACAGAAUUUGAACUCGCUCUUAUUGUAGAGAGUGGCGAAGAUGCAACCCGGAUUUCCAUUAACUAUCACACAUCUUUAAUCAGCCACGGUCAUGCCACCAAUAUAGCCGCAACAAUCAAUCAUAUUCUCACGGAGGUACUACAAGACCCUUCGCGAACCCCAGAUGAGAUCUCCACUCUCAGCUCCCAUGAUCUGCGACAACUGUGGGAAUGGAACAAGGUUUGCAUUGAGCCGGUUGAGAAGUGCGUCCAUCACUUCGUGGAGCAAACUAUGAAGGAGCAUCCAAACAAGGAAGCCAUUUUCAGCUGGGACGGAUCCAUGUCCUACCGAGAACUGGACGACCUUUCCAGAAAUUUGGCUCAUCAUAUCAAGAGUCUCGGCAUUGGGCCAGAGAAGAUAGUCCCUCUGUGCUUCGAGAAAUCGAAGUGGGCCAUCGUCUCGAUGCUCGCAGUCUUACGAGCUGGCGCGUGUUUCGUAAUGCUCGAUCCUGCUCAUCCGAACGUCCGUGUUAUGUCCAUUGCCGAAGAAGUUGAGGCCGAGGUUCUUCUCUGUUCACCCCUUACUAGACCCAAGUUCGAGGCGAUCAGGGACAUGGUCGUCGUAGUCGAUUCGGAAUUCGCACAUGCACUUCCGCCGGCGGAUCCAACUCGACCUGUCUGCCCGGAGGUGACCCCCGACAAUGCCAUGUACGUGGUCUUCACCUCGGGAACAACAGGCGCACCGAAAGGCUCCAUCACGUCCCACCGUGCCUACUGUACUGGCUUUAAGGAGCAUGCAUGGGCAAUUGAAGUCGGACCAGAAACAAGAUCAUUGCAGUUCUGGGCAUACAGCUUCGACGCCUGUGUCGGCGAUAUCAUGACUACCUUGCUCGUGGGAGGAUGCAUCUGUAUUCCUUCCGAAGAAGACUUGAAUGCGGAGAUCUCUAAUUUCAUCUCCAAGAGCCGAGCAACGUGGGCUGGCUGGACGCCGUCGUUCGCAUCUCUUAUUGAUCCCGACACCGUGCCAACACUGACCGUCCUCCUUAUGGCGGGCGAGCCACUACCUGCGUCUCAAGUCGAUGCCUGGGUUGAUCGGUUGAAACUUCUCAAUAUCUACGGCCCCAGCGAGUGCAGCGUCGCUUGUGUCGUCAACAAGAAUGUUGCUCGGAAUACAAACGCCUCCAACAUUGGCCGCGGUUAUCGCUGUGUCACUUGGGUUGUGGACGAGAAUGACCACGAACGGCUUCGCCCCAUUGGCUCUGUCGGAGAGCUCUUGAUCGAAGGCCCGAUCCUCGCUCGAGGAUAUCUCAAGAGGCCGGAAAAGACAGCGGAAGUAUUUAUCGAUGCUCCCUCUUGGCUCAAGAAUGGACCUCAUCCUCGCACCAAUCGUCUGUACAAAACCGGAGACCUUGUAAGAUAUAACUCAGACGGAACCAUAAACUUCAUUGGUCGAAAGGACACCCAGUUGAAGAUAAACGGUCAACGGGUUGAGAUUGGCGAGAUUGAGCAUUCGCUUCGCAGCAGUGUACCGCCCACAGCCGGUCCAAUUGUUGUCGAUCUCCUCAAGCGUUCCAGUGGCGGCGAGCAGGACCUUCUGGCGGCUUUCAUCCAAGUCGGAACCGAUAAUACCUCACCAAAGGAUGCAGAUGAUUUCAUCGCAACGGAUCCAUCUGCCCUGAGGAAGUUUCACAGCCUCGUUAAGCAGAUUUUCGAGACAGCAUCAUCGCUUCCGCGCUACAUGAGUCCACACGUCUUCAUUCCCGUGAAGAAACUCCCAAUAAACACUUCUGGUAAGCUUGAUAGACAGGCUCUCCAACGAGUGACAAGGAGGUUGUCUAGAGACGAGCUCGUCUCUUUUACAUCUGGCGCCAAGGACGCGGGGAGAACCCAUGAAGAGCGCCAACUAGUUGAUAUUUGGAAGAAGGUCCUCCAAGUGAGCUCCGUUGGAAUCCAGGACAACUUCUUCAGGCUUGGAGGCGACUCAAUAGUAGCUAUAAGCCUGCGCACGGAAGCGAGGCGUAGGGGCUUGAUGAUUUCAGUCUCCGACGUCUUCUCGAAUCCCAUUCUAGCUGAUAUGGCCCAAAAGAUGGGCAAGGUUGUCACGGCCAGUGCAGUGGAAGUUGUUGAGCCUUUCUCACUCCUCGAAGGCUACGAGUCAAUCCCCGACCUGAUCGCCGACGUAUCCCAGGAGUGCAAUGUCUCAAAGGAUGCUAUUGAGGACAUUCUACCUUCUGUUCCCAUACAAGAAGCUCUCAUGUCACUCUCCGCCCGCCAAUCUUGGGCACAGGCGUACGUGCUACAUGCCCCUUACAAACUCCCCGUCGAUCUUGAUGAGAUCCGCUUCCGAAGAGCCUGGGAGAAGACAACCGAGGUCCAUGGCAUACUUCGCAGUCGUAUUGUUUCUAGGCCCAAAGGUGCCUUACUUGUCAUCAUGCGAGACGCAAUCCCAGUCAGCACUCAUGUCGGAUCAUUGCAGGAAUACAUAUUCCAGGAAAAACAGAAAGCCUUUGGGUACGGAAUACCUCUGCUCCGCCUUGGACUCGUAAGGGAGGGAAACGACCGUUACUUCGUCUUCAGUGCACACCACGCCAUUUACGAUGGUUGGUCGGCGAAAUUGAUGUGGGAUACGGUUAUCCAGCAUUAUCGCGGUGAAGCGCUGGACGUUGCCCCCCAGUUCCAAACCCUCGUUCAGAAGCUGCGAGCAACGCCCCGUGGGCCGUCCGAAGACUACUGGAGGCAGACGGCGAUUGACAGACAAGGAAUCCAGUUUCCCUCGGUUCCGGCGUUGCACAAGCCAGUCACCCGUUCGGUCACAAGCUUCAAAUUCCCCCUAGCCACUGCUUCCGCCUCAACUCGCAACGUGACCUCAGCAACUGUGAUCAACGCUGCUUGGGCGAUCGUCAAUGCGCAGUACUCAGCAGACUCAACAGCAACAUAUGGCUGCGUCCUAUCUGGGAGAGACUUUCCUUUACCUGGCAUCGAACAGCUUGUUGGACCUACAGUAGUGAUUGUACCCAGGCAGUUCAGUGUGCGAGGAGACCAGUCCCUGUCAGACUUCCUCGACUACGUUCAGAGGGUUGCCGUUGACAGCAUGCCCCAUCAGAAUCUAGGCCUUUCAGAUAUUCAGAACGUCAGCUCAGCUGCUGCAGAAGCCUAUAACUUCACCUCUUACAUGGUCGUGCAACCUGACGCAGCACUCCGAUUGCCUUUCGAGGACAUCAAAAUCACACCGGUUCCUCUCGAGACAACAGAGGAUACAUAUCCUCUGGUAGUUGAAUUCGGCACUGGUGAUGGAAUGCUCUCAGUUGAUGUAAAGUUCGACCCCGAGUGCAUUGAUUUGGACCUCAUUAAUAACGUCAUGUAUCACUUCGACCACGUUCUUCAAAGUAUCUGCAACGCCAGCCCCGUAGCUGCCGUUGCCGAUGUCAUGAAUAUCUCAAAGAAAGAUCUAUCCCGUAUUGAGAGUUGGAACAGCGGCAAUUUGAAUGUUGUCGAGUGUUGUGUGCAACAUCUCAUCGAGAAGAAGGUUCAAGAACAGCCGAACCAUCCUGCUUUGGUCUCCCACGAUGCAUCGCUUUCUUACGCCGAGAUGGAUCGGUGGACAAACCAAAUAGCCAAACAGAUUAUCGCCACAAACCUUAUAAAACCCGGCGAAUUUGUCGGGCUUUGCUUCGACAAGUCAGCAAGAGCGAUACUCGCGAUGAUCGCCGUUCUCAAAGCCGGCGGCGCAUUCUUGCCUCUCAAUCCAAAUCACCCUCCAGCACGUCUUCGGGCCCUUCUGAAAGAGGCAGAUGUUAAGCUUGUGCUUGCUUCGCUGGACAGAGCCUCAUCUUUGACAGAAGACCUGCACGAUGAAGUUCUUCAUAUCUGCGAUUUCCGGCCGUCCGAAGAGACCGAAGCCCCGCUGGAUGUAGGGGUUACUCCUGCGCACGCGGCAUACCUGCUCUUCACAUCCGGCAGCACUGGUAAACCCAAGGGUGUCGUGAUGGAACACCGCGCUUUCGCUUCUUCAAUUGUAGCCCAGUCUAAUCAUUUCGAUUUUGGGCCUAACACCCGGACCUUCCAGUUCUGCAGUUACACUUUCGACCUGAUGCUCCUUGAAAUCUUUGGCACACUAAUAUCGGGAGGCUGCGUCUGUACGCCAUCGGAGUCAGAAAGAAUGAACGAUAUCAGCGGGUACAUCAGAAGAGAAAACGUCAACGCUAUCCUUGCUACACCUUCAGUCAUCAGACUUAUUGAUCCAGCCGAGGUCCCGAGACUUAGAUUUAUCUUGUGGGGAGGUGAGCAGCUAGCUCGGUCGGAUGUUGAACCUUGGUUGAGCCGGCCUGGAGUAUCUCUCGUCAAUGCAUACGGGCCGACAGAAACAUGCAUACUUAACACUGCUCGAAAUAUCACACCUGCAUACAGCAGCUCCAACAUUGGAACUUCGAUGAAUGCAGCUACGUGGGUGAUCAGUCCAUUUUCGCGUACCCUGGCUCCCAUCGGAGCAGUAGGAGAGCUAUGCAUCGAGGGUCCAACUCUUGCCAGGGGUUACUUAGGAGACCCAGAGAGAACAGAAAUGGUUUUUGAAAGAAAUCCACCAUGCUUCCCCAAAAAGCAUGAUCGGCGCAUAUAUCACACUGGAGACUUAGCCCGAUACAACGAAGACGGCAGCCUUACCCUGCUUGGUAGAACAGAUGACCAGGUCAAAUUCCAGGGUCACCGAAUCGAAACUGGCGAAAUUGAAGAGAACGUCAGAGAGAUAAUGUCAGAUAACCCCCUUUUCAAGGACGUCGGGGUUGAGCUGUCUGACUCCCCUGAGCGUCGCAACCAACCAUUCAUAGCCGCACUUUUGGUCAUGGCUAUCCCUUAUUCAGACCGAAUUUCUGGGGUUGGCUGUGCGUCUAUGAUGAACCCCUCAAAGCCAUCUUUGUUGAAAACCGCCAACUAUCUGCAACAGCAGCUCCGAAAUCGUCUGCCUGAGUACAUGGUUCCUUCGGCUUACGUUGCUGUCGAGAAUUUACCUAUGACCAACUCUGGUAAACGCGAUCGCCGCUUCAUCAAGGCUUAUCUCUCUGAGCUCUCUACCAAGAGUCUUCUGUUCCGCACGAACGCCAAGGAUGGCGACAGUUUUAGACUCUCUGGGCGUGAGAAGCUGCUUCGAGAUUGGUGGGCCGAGAUUCUUAACAUCGAAACCGAGAAAAUUGCCGCCGAUGAUCAUUUUUUCGCUUUGGGCGGCAACUCCAUCAAAGCCAUCAGACUCGCCGGCCUCGCCCGAUCUUCGAAGCAUCGUCUGAUGUUCGAAGACAUCUUCUCCUUUCCGAUUCUUUCUGAAAUGGCAUCUCGUGUUACCGCAAGUAAUGGUCUAGAAAAGCCGGUGCCACAGCCCUUCGGGCUACUAUCCACAACGCAACUCGAUGCGAUUUUCGGGCAUAUUAUCCCUCUUUACGGCAUCAGCAAGGAAGAAGUCGAAGAUAUCUACCCCUGCACACCCCUGCAAGAGGGCCUCAUGGCAGCGACAGCGCGGAAUCCUGGUGCAUACAUAUCACUAGAGACCACGGAGAUCUCGGAAGUAGAGCUACCUCGACUGCAGCAAGCUUGGAGGGCAGCUUUCAAAAAGUUCGAGAUACUCCGCACGAGAAUUGUUCUUAGCCAUGAUUAUGGUUCUUUGCAAGUUGUUGUUCGGCAAGAGCCGAUCUGGCAUGAGGCAACCGAUGUCCAGGGCUUUCUUCACUUCGUCCAAAAGUCGUAUGGUUAUGGUAGGCCGAUGGUUCAUCACGCAGUCAUACCGACUUCUAAGCCUGGAAUUGUUAAGCUGGCCUUCAGUUCUCAUCAUUCCGUUUAUGAUGGCUGGUCCUUGGAGUUGGUUCAUGAGUUCGUCGAGAAACAAUUUACUCUGGAUCCUGCCAGAUCUGAUACCUUUCAGACGGUACCAUUCAAACUCUUCAUCAGUCAUUUAAUUGACAUAGAUCUUGAUGAGGCAAAGUCUUACUGGAGGAAAAAGAUGGCUGGACUCGAAGCAUCGCCUUUCCCUCGCCCACCACAUGGUUCCACGCACAAGCCUCUGGCCACUGCAGUUCUCAGACAAACAAUCCCGCUUCCCAGAACUCGGAAGCAAGGCUUCACUGGAACAAUGGCCACGACUGUACGAGCUGCUUGGUCACUCACAAUUUCUCAUUACACCGCAAAUUCAGACACGCUGUUUGGAUCAGUGCUUACAGGAAGAGAGAACACGGAUAUCGUCGACAUUGAAAAGGUCGCCGGCCCUACCAUCGCAACUGUCCCAACACGCACCAACGUGGAUUACGAGUCUACUGUCUCCAACUUUCUAGCGGAAAUUCAAAGAAAUUCUGUUACCGAGUCCCGCUUCUCCCAACUAGGUCUUCAAGGCAUUGCCCGAAUCAGUCCGGAAUGUCAUCAGAGUUGCCAGUUUGGCAGUCUGUUGGUCGUACAGCCUCCAUCCGCCAGCGGAAUUGGAAAGACACCCCAUCUGACGCCGGUGUCUGUCGAAUUACCACAGUUUUUCCCUCAAGCGUUGGUUCUCGAGUGCACACCGUCGGACAACAACGACAAUGUGUCCGUGACGUUGAGUUACGACCCUAAGAUGGUUGGAGACACCCAUGUGGCAUUCAUUAUCUCCACCUUCUCGACUCUUCUGUGCAACCUGUUUUCAGCUUCUCCUCACACUUUGCUUCGUGACUUGACGGGGCUUUCAAAAGAUCACAUCUCUGAGAUCGGCAGCACAACGGGGAAGAAAAACCCGGAAACUAUCGACUCCUGUAUUCAUGAACUGGUUGAGCGACAAGUGAAGUCCAGCCCGGCCAAUAUCGCAAUCCACUCUUGGGAUGGUUCCAUGACCUAUGCAGAGCUCGACGCUGCUUCUUCACUUUUAGCCCAGAAGCUUCAAAAAAUCGAUUUCGGACCAGAGAAAACCACACCGUUCAUGUUCGAUAAGUCCAAAUGGGCAAUCGUUUCGAUGCUGGCAAUUUGGAAAGCGGGCGGGUCCUUCGUGCCGCUCGAUCCUAAGAGCCCAAAUCAGAGACUACAGCACAUCAUCCAGGCUACUGGUGCGACUAUUAUCUUGACAUCUAGUCCGUACUGCGAUCGCUGCCGAGAUUUAGAAUGCACACCGGUUUUGGUGGAUGAUGAUACGGUGUCAGCACUCUCCGAGGUCGCUGACACCAUGCAGCCCACAGUCGGAACGCACAAUCUAGCUUAUAUUCUCUUCACUUCGGGCACUACUGGAACUCCCAAGGGUGUAAUGGUAGAGCACGGGUCUCUCUCGUCAUCGAUCACCGCUCUUGGAAAAUGCAUGGACUUGGACACUGAAACAAGAUUCCUGCAAUCUUGCGCCUUCACGUUCGACGUUAUGCUGCUUGAUACCUUCGCCGCUCUUGUUCAUGGGGGCUGCGUAUGUGUUCCCUCUGAACACCAAAAGAUGAACGACUUGGUUGGGUUUAUCCAAAGCUUCCAAGUCAACACAACCUGGUUCACUACUUCACUAUCCAGAAUCAUCGAUCCGGAUUCCGUGCCCAGUCUCAAGGUGGUCAUGAUCGGCGGCGAAGCAGUUUUGCAGAGCGAUGUGGAUCGGUGGGCGCCAAAGGUUCGACUCAUCGCCGGCUAUGGCCCUACAGAAGCAUGCAUUGUCACUCUUGCCGGAGAACUGACGCCAUCAACGCCUCCCAAUACCAUCGGUAGGCCAGUGGUAUGCCGCGCCUGGGUGGUUAACCCGUUCAAGUCUUCAGAGUUAGCUCCAAUUGGGGGUAUAGGAGAGCUGUAUGUUGACGGCCCUUGCGUGGCUAGGGGUUACCUUGGUAACGAGGAGGCGACUCGAGCAGCAUUUCUCGAAGCCCCUUCAUGGUUACCCCAAAGCUCUCCCGGUACCAAAGUCUACCGCACAGGAGACUUUGUCUACUACAAUACCGAUGGUACCCUGAGCUUCUUCGGUCGUAAAGACUCUCAAGUCAAGAUUCGUGGACAGAGAGUCGAGCUUGCUGAAAUCGAAGAGGCUAUCCGACACAACAUACCAAACUGGCUUACCGUGGCCGUGGAUAUCUUCAAGCCUGGAGGCGAUGAUAAACAGAUUCUUGCAGCGGUGUUCGGAGUCGACGAUAUGUUCAAAGAUGCCGCUAGCGAUAGGCAACUCAGUUCAAACCUCGCCAACUUCAUGAAGGAAUUGUCUUACACUCUCCGACGUCGUCUGUCUAAGACUCUUCCGGGCCACAUGAUCCCCGAUGCUUACGUCCCUCUCUCAAAGCUGCCGACACAGAACUCGGGCAAGCUUGAUCGCGGGGCAUUGCAAGCUGUGAUCAGCUCAAUGAGUUUCAAGUCAAUUGCCACAUAUUCUGAAGCAGACAGCACUGUGCAGAAGCCACAAACCGAAAACGAAAUUGUGCUUGCCCGUCACUGGUGCACCGUCUUGGGUAUCUCGGACGAAAAUUCUCUUAGCACAUCGAACAACUUCUUCAGCCUCGGGGGCGACUCCAUCCUGGCCAUGCGUGUCGUAGCACUGCUGCGAUCAGAGGGCUAUUCUCUUGACGUUGGUCAAAUGUUUUCUAGUCCCCAGCUCUCCGAAAUGGCCUCAAAGAUGCAGAAGACUGGAAAUGGCAGCCAACAAGCAGUCUCGGAACCGCCGCAGCCAGCCAUCUCGGCUGCCGACAGUGCUGUUCUCAGAACCAAGAUCGCGAACAAUCAUAACACUCAGCUUGGCCGUAUGGAGGACGCAUAUCCCUGCACUGAUACGCAGGAAUCCUUUAUGGAAGACUCUAUCCAAGUCCCGGGGGCUCAUGUGGUGCAAUGGAUUUUCACCCUCGACGAGAAGAUAAAUCUGACGCGGUUGCAUCAUGCUAUUGACCGCUGCGUCCUCGCAUUCCCUAUUCUUCGAACAAGAAUUGUGCGAGAAUCGACUCAACUCUAUCAAGUCGUUUUCUCUGACAAGCUCAUUUGGCAAGAGUUCUCAGAAACAAGUUUGGACAGCGUGCUCAAGAGCGACAAACUAAUCCCGACCGGCCUUGGAGACGCCCUCACGAGGGUAUCCAUUGUUCACAAAACUGGGGAUUCUGGUAUCCAUCUCAUCUGGACAUUACACCAUGCCCUCUAUGAUGCGUGGACGCUGAGACUACUUCUGGACUCCGUGUGCAAGGCAUAUCGAGAUGAGGCCUUGCAUAUUGUGGAUCAGCUGCCCAUGAGACGGCUGAUUAAAGAAAUCCAAAGAAGAGACGUCACUGCCGAUCGUUCAUUCUGGGCAUCAUAUCUGGCUGGAGCAGGGAACUCUCCUCUAUUUGGCUACCUGUUCGUACGCAAUCCUAUUAAGGACAUGCGCGCGGAUUACCAGCUUCCGCUGCCGCAAAAGGUCAAAGGGACGACUUUGGCAGCCACGAUAGCUUCAGCAUGGAUCCGGGUGGUCGGCUCCCUGACUCGAUCUCAAGAUGUUACCAUUGGAUACGUUGUCAACGGUCGUGCCGCCUCCAUCCCGGGUAUCCAAAAUUGUGUGGGUGCGGUUAUCCACAAAGUCCCCAUCCGGGUUCGGGUCGAAAGUGGGAACAGCACUGCCGAUGUCUCGGAGAAGGUUCAGGACCAGUUUACACGACUCAUGCCCUAUGAGUUAUCUGGGCUGGGGACUGUGAAGUCUGCCAGUCAAGACGCCUGCGACGCCUGCCGCUUCCCGCUCGAAUUGACUAUUCACCCACGUGGCACUCUUUUCUUCGCAAGCGAGGAUAUCGGCAUGCGCUUUGAGGGGGUCGAGGUGUCUAAGCCCCCUCCCGGCGGCUUCUCUGUCGAGUGCAGUAUUAAGGAUGAUUGCAUUGGGAUAGCUGCCUUCUGGGACAAGAGGGCUGCUCGGAAGGAGCAGAUAGAUGCUUUGUUGGAGGGUUUUAAAACGGUACUGAUGGUUGCUUAGUCUCGGCGAGACUUUAUUAUUAGUGGUCCGUUUUCCGAAGUAAAGGGACUGUGAUAUGUUCGUUCAUUGACUUUACAUACGUGGACUUAUAACUGUAAAUUUGUGUUUUGUGAGUUAGCUGCUAAGUCAUGAUUGAACGUUAGACGCCGCGCAUCCGGAUACGAAUCCGGAUACGAAAAUGUAACUGUUGCGAUAUCACCGACCGGCCCGCCCAACCGGUGGUGAAGUGGGGCCGCUCCGAGGGUGUGGCCCACCUCGGUUGCUCACCUUCACCAUGGUGAGAUCCACGGCAGUGGCCAC